ACCCAUGUGCUGCACAACUCAAAUUUUCACAGAAUAAUCCAAAAUUUACUAGCACACUGACAAAACCUCUUAAGCUGUGACAGUUUCAGUUUAAACAAAGCUUUCCAAAGGAGCAUUUAAUUGUAUCUGUUAUUUUUCGGCUUGAAAUAUGUAUAUAUGAACAAACAAACACAAAAGUAAAAAUAUAUGCAUAUAAGGAGAUAACAUUUAUUCUGAACUCACUAACUUUAGUUCCGAAUUCACUUUUGAUUAAUCCUAAAAUAAUCGUGCUAAUUGUCAAUGUACUGUCUCUCCUCCUUUAUCCAGACUUGUGAUUGAAUAUACUUAAAUGAAACUGGCAUAAGGAGUUCAAGGUACAAAGUCAGACGAAAAAAGGAAACAAAAUACCACUAAAAGGUUUGGUAACAACAGAAAAAUUGUCCAUUUUUACAUUCCCCGACAAUUAACGCAGUGCUUUGACUUUCAUAAGUGGCCACCAGAUACUUAAAAUCUGGUGUAAUUACUUUGAAGAGUUGUGCUGCAUAUACCCUUCAAACUGUUUGGUGCUCAAGAAUUAAGAAAGCUCCUGACUUUCUCAUUUUCCUCACCAAGAAAAGCACAAAAAAUGUCAACAAUGGCUUUGCAGAGUACUGGUUACCUCACAAAUUCUUGCUCUAAAAUGGGAAGUUCCUUCAGGCAUCAGAACAUUACUGCUUCCUGGACAAUGUCAUUGAAUCCCAAUUGGUCAGGCACAGGGAAGAAAGAAUUAUCUGCAGAAUUUCAGCGAUAUCCAAUUCCACAAUCCGAAACGACUUACACAUCAAAUCUCCAUUUUGAUCGAUUGCAGCUGUCAGAUAAAGUGUUGGACCAGGAAAACAGACUUGAUUUUGGUCAGUUCAUGGCACGUGAAGCCAUGCUUGAUGAAGAAUAUUGGACAGCAGCAUGGCUGCGAGCAGAGACUCACUGGGAAGACCGCCAGAAUGAUCGAUACAUCAAUAACUAUAAAAGGAAAUAUGCAGAGCAGGAGUUUAAUGCUUUGAAAAGGAGGUGUAAAGCACAAAUUGGGCAGAGAUGCACCUGCAUUGUUGCGGUGCGGACAGAAGAUAAGAAUAUCAGACAUACAGUACUUAAGAGUGUUGUUGGGACCCUAGAUUUGAUCAUCUGCCACUUGUCACAUGGAGAGGCUUUUCCUGGGGAAAGAGCGAACGCCCCAGUUUUCUGCAACAUCGAGAGAAGAUCCACUAACAGAUAUGGUUAUAUUGCAAAUUUAUGUGUUGCCAAAUCUUCUCGCAGGCUGGGUGUUGCGAGAAACAUGUUGCAUUUUGCUAUUAGAUCGGCCAAAGCAAAUGGUGCGGAAAAUCUGUUCGUGCAUGUACAUACAAACAACGGACCUGCACAAAAGCUAUAUCAAAAGGUUGGCUUUGAGGUGGUUGAAGUGGCGCAUCAUAAAAUUGCGGACGAGCAACCUCACUUGCUUUUCCUCCGAGCAUGAAACACAUCCAAUGCAAGUUGAUUUUUUCUAUUUUUUUUGUUUUUUGUUUUUUGCUGAUAUACUUGGGGCAUACCCUGCACAUCUUAUUUCCUC